UUUGUCGCCGAGUCGCCGACCACACAUACACAUCCACUCCUCCUAGCCAUUUAUCACAUUAUAAACCAAAGCCUAUCCCUUCUCAUCUAUUCCAUUUCGUGCUCAUUCUUGAAUUGAAUGGCACAAACCGUACAGAAGCGCAAGAGACCAACUGGUGCCACACAAGAGGAUAGCUCAGAAGAACCCGGGCCCUCCAAGCGGCCCAAACACCCAACAGCGCGUAAGAGCACUGGUAGGGAGAAACCCGCUCCUGCUUCUGCAAAGGGUGGAAAAAUACGAGCCUCGAACGCAGGCGCAGAGGACGAGCGGGAUCAACAGCGGAAGAAACGUCGUUAUCGCCCUGGUACUCUCGCAUUACGCGAAAUUCGGAAGUAUCAACGGAGCACAGACUUGCUGUUGCGCAGGCUUCCUUUCUCGCGCGUGGUACGUGAAAUCGCGAUGGAUAUGAUGACAGACACGAAUUAUGAGAGAGGGGAGACUGGACUAAGGUGGCAGAGCUCAGCAAUCAUGGCUUUACAAGAAGCUACUGAGGCAUUCUUGGUUCAUUUGUUCGAGGAUGCUAAUUUGUGUGCAAUACACGCCAAACGCGUAACAAUCAUGCAGCGCGACAUUCAGCUUGCUCGAAGAAUAAGGGGGCCGUGGGGUGGUUUGGGGUAG